GGCGGAGUGGCUCGCCUUUCAAGUCAACGACGCGAGUGAAACCUAUUAAAGGUGUGAGUGAGGUAAAUGCUCAACUAAUUCAAGGCGACGCAUACUUAGCUAGUCAGAAUAUCCUAGUUUGGUUGACAUUAUGGCGCGCAUUUGUUGAUUGUUGUUGUCGGGGACAUGCUCGCCUGACAUGCCGCUACUGCGUCCUCGCUGUGCCUGAUCGACCGACCUGGUCGUUGUACCUGAUCGACUUGGUCGACCGACCGCCACCAUGGGUCAGCCCUUCGGUCCUGUUACCAGCUUCAUCGCGCUGGUAAGCGCCGUCCUUCUGCUUUCGGCUUCCGUUCAUAGUUCCCAGGGCGACAAGGAGCCAGUGUACCGAGAUUGCGUGAAUCAGUGUGUCCGGACCAACUGCACUGGGGCCCGGCUACGUGGUUUCCAGUCCACCCAGCCUCCUUACAUGGCGUUGACAGGUUGGACAUGUCGUGAUGACUGUCGAUACCAGUGCAUGUGGACUACAGUGGGACUGUAUCAGGCAGAGGGCUACAGAGUGCCACAAUUCCAUGGAAAAUGGCCCUUCACUCGCUUCCUCUGUUUCGAGGAGCCGGCAUCAGCGCUGGCAUCUCUGCUCAACGGCCUGGCCUGCCUGCUGAUGCUGCUGCGCUACCGAAGCGCCGUGCCACGCCAGAGCCCCAUGUACCACACCAUCAAUGCCUUCUCUCUGGUCUCUCUCAACGCUUGGUUCUGGUCAACAGUGUUCCACACCAGAGACACGUACCUAACUGAAAAAAUGGACUACUUCUGUGCGUCCGCAGUCAUCCUCUACUCCAUCUACAUGUGCUGUGUCAGGACGCUGGGGCUGCGUAGGCCUGGGGUGUCCAGUAUGGUGGGAGUGCUGCUCAUCCUGGCCUUCACCUCCCACGUCUCCUAUCUCACGUUCGUCAGCUUUGACUAUGGGUACAACAUGGCCGCCAACGCCACCAUCGGCAUGGUGAACCUGCUGUGGUGGCUGUGCUGGUGCUGGCAGAACCGGCGCACGCUGCCCUACUGGUGGAAGUGCAGCCUGGUGGUGGUGCUGCUGCACGGCCUGGCCCUGCUGGAGCUGCUGGACUUCCCCCCGCUCUUCUGGGUGCUGGACGCGCACGCCGUCUGGCACCUCAGCACCGUGCCCGUCCACUUCCUCUUCUACAGUUUCCUGAUCGAUGACAGUCUGCACCUCCUCAACACAGAGAAGACAGGAGUCAAACUCGAGUAGGGGGAGUCUCCACCUGCACCCUGCCCCCUCCUCACACACACCCAAUCAGGCAAGCGGAUGCCGGGAUGGGAGGGCCCUCAGUCUCCAUGGCGACCUGCAUGACACUCCUCUCAGCCAAAAUCCUGAGAAACGUUUCUCUAUCUCAACUCAUGCCAUUCUGCCCAGGAAGAAAACGAAAAACAAACUUUUUUUUCAGAUUAGGUUUGUUUUUUUCUUUUCCAUUUUCAGUUUGAAACUUGAUUGAUGUUUGCAUUCACUGAUCUUUGCCUUGAAAUAGGAUAAAUAGGUUUGAGGCUUUUGUUUGUACUUGUUUUCACAUAUUUUCACUUUGUCACAGACCUCACUCAUGUUAAACAAGACUUCAGUCGAGCGUAGGUUUAUACGACCACACAACUCCCUCCCUCAGUCUUUGUUAUGGCCAGAUCUUUCUAUUAGGGAAGGAGGCCAUUUUAACUGUGUGAAUUCCUGCUGUAAGACCUUGAGGUUUUUGGGUGCACUUUGAGGUUUUGAUAGAGUACUCCCUGUGACAUCACAAAACUGUGUGUUAUCUUGCUAUUGCACCCCCUCACAUCAAGGACCAUUCUUGGCCCUGACACAAUUAGUAGCAGUACCCAAAUCAGACUGUAGAGGGCAGCAGAUCACCCUCACAAGGCUAGGAGGCCUGGGUGUAACUAGAUUGAUCAUCUCUUGUUAUACUUAGCACUUAGCUGCCUGUAGCAAGGACAUGCUAAUAUGCUAACAGUUAGCAUCUAUCUCUCCAGGCUCAUGCAGUGUUAAUGGGGCCAAACAACUCUUGCAGGAAACAGGUUGGAGAAUUAGCAGAGCGUACCUAUGUAAGCAGUAUGCGGGUCAGAGCGUGUCCCUCAGUAUAUACAGACUCACCACUUCUUCCUUAUGUGUUCUAUUUGACAUGGUUGAAUAGUUCUCUUUUUUUAAUUAUUAUUUCUGAUGGCUGCAUGCUAUAGUCAUGGUUAUGACUCAGUUGUUGAGUUCCAGAUUUUUGCUAUUGUGAUUUUUUUAUUUCUUCUUUUACUGUUUUAUGAUUUACAACCAUAAUGUGCUUUGUCUUUCAUGCUCUGGAUUGAGUUUUUCAGCUUUUUGUUGUGCUUCUUUUCUAUUCAUUUCUUCUCUGUUCUGUUUUCUAUUUUUUGGGAAUGUUUUGUUUGUGACACCGUCUUAUUUUUUGUUCUCAUGUUUACCAGGUUUGCCUUUUUCUAGCAACAGGGUGGAAGCAAGGAGACCCAGUAUUUGUUAACU